UAUUGAAUUACAAAUGAGCAGUGGAGGUGGCCAGGAGUCGAACGUCGGCGCACCAAGUUUUUCACGAUGCUAAGACGCCUAAUCGGUCGGUGAACCGUUUGUUUACCGGCGUUGUUGGCGGUGGCUAUGAGUGCGGCAUGGGAGUAGGUCGGGAGCGCCGGUGGGGCGCCGACAACGCGGUCCGCAGUUCUACGCGCGUGCUAACCGCAGACGCAAGCGCAUAAGACAUGUAGCUAAAUUAAACUAUAGAAACAAAUCUAUCGAGACUUAAAUGACAGUGACCUCGUUCGUGUGAGUUAACGAUGAUAAACAAUUGGUGUUACUAAAAUAUUCGUGAGAGUGUUGACAAAGUGAACAAAGGAUUUUCUAAAUAUUUACCGAUAAUUAGAGCACAAUGGGACGUCACGCUCACGAAAAGUUCAAAUCAUGUUUCGGCUUACUCCUCAUCGUCUUACAUCUCGCACAAGCGCAAUGUCCUUGGAAGGAUACGCCGACUCUACAGUCCACAUGCGUCUGCGCACUCAACUUGGCUCGGGAUCUCUCGGUACAAUGCGACCAGGUGGACUUCGCCAUGCUACUCACUGCACUAAAUUCUAAUGCGCGCAAAAUUUCAAUCGAUCUUUUAUACAUAAACAACUCAACAAUUCAAGUUUUAAGCGAUGACAUUUUCGCAAACCUCAGGAUUCAUAACUUACAAAUAUCUGGAUGCAGCGUUAAAAGAAUAGAAGAUGACGCGUUCAGAGGCCAAGGGCCGUACUUGAAAAACUUGAAUUUACAAGACAAUGAAUUGUCGGAGGUUCCCGUGAGGACGCUCAGGAUUUUGACCAAUCUUUCGUUAUUAGAUUUAUCGAAAAAUCGAAUAACACGCGUCGGUAAUCACGCUUUUAUUACGCUGCAAAAAUUGACGACGCUGAAAUUGUCGGACAAUAAUGUUACUUUGGCACCUCAAGCCUUGACAGGUUUAGAGAAUUCAUUAAAAAAUCUUAAUUUGAAAGGCACUAGACAGAAAGUUGUGCCAGAAUGCAUAAAAGGACUUCGUAGUCUAGCAUUUCUAGAUCUCUCACAAAAUAGUAUUAGAGAGCUUCCUGGCCCUGAGGGAAGUCGAACUUUUGAAGGAUUGGAUUCCUUAACGGCGCUAAAUUUGGAAAGAAAUUUACUAGUUAAUUUAAAAGAGGAUGCUUUCAGCGGUAUCAAAAAAACGUUAAGUUCAUUAAGCCUACUAAAUAAUUUAUUGCCAGAAUUUCCCACAGCCGCGAUCGCAACUUUAACUGAACUAAGAGUAUUAGAUAUCGGAUUCAAUCUCUUAAACAAAGUGCCGAAUGACGCAUUUUUGAAGAAUCCUUCUAUUACAUUGUUAGCAUUAGACGGUAACCCGUUGCCAACUGUUCCAGAAAAGGCUUUAGCGCAUUUAAAUCACACACUACGUGGACUAAGCGUGGGAGGACGAUUCUUGAACUGUGAUUGUCGCCUUCGCUGGAUAAUAGAAUGGAUACGUAGCGGUGAACUACAAGUUACCUCUCGUGAAAGGAAUCCACAAUUUUGCGGAAACCCGGCACAUUUCCGCGAUAGAGGAUUUUAUAGUUUUGAGCCAAGUGAACUUGUUUGUGACCAAGAGAGUACAACAAUUUUGGAGAGAUUAGUUCCAACCACAACUACAUCCACUUCUACCACGACGGAGAAGAAUGAUAUUAAUUUAAACACUAGUCCAAGUACCACAACGUCGCCAACAAGCUUACGAACAACUUUAAGUACAUCUACAACUAUGUCAACAACGACAGUUGCACACGAAGAGCCUUCAAGCAAAGCGAGCGUUCAAGCUACAACUACUACAAGUGAUAAACCAAGUCGCAUACCAUCGGUAAAACCAGCGUUACCUAAUUGGAGACACGGUUCAAAUCAAAGACCCCCAUUAAUUAUGAACUUUCCUCAACAAAAACCAAAACUAGACGAUUCUAACGAAGUUAUCGUUAAGAAUGCUUAUAGACAAGAUAAUUCCGUCAUAAUUCAAUGGGAUUCAGAUGUUGCCAACAUACUGGGCUUCCGCGUUGUGUACCGAUUAUUUGGAGAUAAAAGUUUCAAACAGGGACCGCCAUUGGAAGCGAGCGAAAGAGAAUUUAAAAUAAAAAACGUGCCGUCACAGGAAUGUAUCGUCGUCUGCGUUAUUUCUUUGGAAGAAGUGCAUGUGAGUCCGGAGACAGUCCCAUACUCACAGUGCAGAGAAGUACGCACCGUAUCAGCAGCCGCCUCCAAUAUGGACAAAAUCACAAUAGCUGCAAGCGCAGCUAUUUGCGGAACUAUUGUUGUAGCGGUUCUUAUCUUUGCGGCUGCAUCGCGUCGCCGAUCGCGGACCGUCCAUCGACUGCACAACCAAGCGCCCGAGAAGUUACCCAACACCUGCUGCAGCGGUCUUCCUGGAACACCGAGUCCCAACGGGCCACUGUCUUCGCUAGCUACCAUCGGCGGUUUCGGAAAGCAGCGUGAGUGGGAUCAGGUGUCGGCUUAUAGUGCACGUUCGAUCCCCCGCGCACGUACCUAUACAGAACCGGCUGCUCCGGAACCCUUACCGGGACGACCCGGCCGCGCUCGAUCCCUUGCAGACGGCCAGUCGCAACAUAGUUAUUCACAAUCCGGACGUUAUGGUCCGCCAGCAUACCCAGGCAGUUUGUUAGGAUCGAGGGCCGAUCUACGCCAGUCGCGACAGUCAUUGGGCGGAACGUCGGAACGUGCGUCGAGAUUGUCGCUAAGCGGCGCAGCUGGCGGAGCGACCGGUGGCACCGCCGGCUCUAGAAGAAGGCCGCGCUCGCGGUCGCGGCCGGCCAGUCGGUACAGCGUCGGCUCAAUAGGACUAGGUUACUGUGAUACGUCCGACAACUGGACGGAUCACGAUAUGGACAUUUACAUGGCCAGAAACCCGACGGCGCGGGGCGGAUUGGUGCCAUUAUAGCGCGCCGGGGAGACCCGUGCGAGGUGCAGGGCAAAGUCGCGGUCGACGGGCGGACACUGCUCACACUCGCGGAAGACCGCCUUGUCAUACACCUCGUGGUGCACGCAUGAGCAUCGACCGCGCGACCGCCACCGCCGCCGCUCACACCGCCGCAGUCAAGACAAACAUAAAUGCAUCGAUCGGACAUGGGAAAAUUAUGAUACCAACAGUUGAUAACUCCCUUUUUAUAAGUUCUAAUUAAGUCGAGGGUUAGUUUAAAUUGACUCGUUUACGAUGAAGUUCGUUUGACAUCCAGAUAACAUAGUACUAACUAUGAUGGACUUGACUGAAACGUCUUAACACGAAACUAGGAUUAUUUAAUACAUAAGAUUGUUUAUUUAAGAAUUAAUGCUAAGCGAAACCCACUCGAACUUAAAUAAUAAAAGUUUACAAGUUGGGUUACAGAAAACGAUAUAUAACAUAAUGUGAUGUGUUUUCAUUUCAGAAAGACUUACUUUCUAAAUGCAAAAUAACAUAGUUAUAGAUAUAUAAAUACUG